AAUGUUGGCCAUUCUUCUGCAUUGCAGUCCUUGGAACCGGUGAACUUUGAUCUGCGCUGUGCGUUCCCUGGAUGUGCAUGCUUGCUAUAUAUUGCCUCGUACUUGGCUGAAAUAUUUCCAUCUUUGCCAUCAUGCGGGAACAUCUCUCUAUCUACUAAACUACAAACUUAUUUUCAACUGUUCAAGAUGGCGGCUGAGCUACCCGCUGGAAUUGGUGUUAGUGUGUGCCUUGUAGCCCUCUCUGUAUUCUUAGCUUCCUACAUCGCAAAGUUCCUUCGUAUUUACUUCCUCAUCUCUAAAUUUGAGGGCCCUCCUGCAGUGCCAAUCUUCGGCAAUCUACUAUCAUUUAAGAGCGAUGCUAGAGAAAAUUACUUGCUCGGGAGGAAAAUACAUGACCAAUAUCGCCAGAAAUCUGGAGGCCUAAUAAGGGUAUGGUAUGGACCAUCACCUGCUGUUUUGAUCAUCAGUAGCAAGCACAGCGAGAUUUUAAUGAAUAGCAGUCACCACAUGGGUAAAGGAGUCCAGUAUAAAUGCUUGGAACCAUGGCUAGGACAGGGUCUUCUUACCAGCUCAGGGAAGAAGUGGGCAUAUCGACGAAAGUUACUCACUCCAACCUUUCAUUUCUCCAUCCUACAAUCUUUCAUAGAGGUGUUUAAUGAGCAGAGCUUCAUAUUGGUCAAUAAACUCGAAAAAUUAGCAACGGAAUCCCAGACAAUCAACAUCUUUCCUCUGGUCACGAAUUGCGUGUUGGAUAUCAUAUGUGAUACAGCCAUGGGAAAGCGGACCAAUGCACAAGAAAACAGUGAGAAUGAAUACGUUCGAGCCGUUGAUAAUAUGAGUCGUCUUGUUAUUCGUCGAAUGAGGAAUCCAUUGUGGUGGUCAGACUGGCUUUAUAACAAACUAGGAGUAGGGAAGGAGCAUGAUAAAUCAUUAAAAGUCCUUCAUAAAGUAACCAAAGAGAUGAUUCAGGAGAGACUCCAUCACGUUCCUUCAAAUAAAAGUGAAACAGACCAAAGCGAGUCAAUCACUGGAAAACGCAAAAGAAUCGCAUUCCUAGAUCUUCUUCUUCAGAUGCACCGUGAAGAUCCCAGCUUUACUCUUGAAGACAUCAGAGAGGAAGUAGAUACAUUCAUGUUCGAGGGUCAUGACACGACAUCUGCAGCAGUUAGUUGGGCUAUCUUACAUAUUGGACAGUAUCCAGAGAUUCAAGCUCGUCUGCAUGACGAAAUAGAUGAAGUCUUUGGCGAAUCUGAUCGACCAGUCACUUCAGAUGAUCUAUCUAAGCUACCAUACUUGAGUCGUGUUGUUAAGGAGACACUCCGUAUCACCCCACCUGUGCCUGGCAUUGCAAGGAAACUUGACGAGGACAUAGUCAUAGAUGGUAAAGUAAUACCCAAAGAAGCGGCAAUCCUUCUCAUAAUCAAUGCCCUCCAUCGUGACCCGGAACAGUUUCCUGACCCAGCUCGGUUUGACCCUGAUCGAUUCUUACCUGAGAAUUCGGCUAAGCGACACCCUUUUGCCUUCAUUCCGUUCUCUGCAGGACCAAGAAACUGCAUUGGUCAAAAGUUUGCAAUGAUGGAGGACAAAGUUAUCCUGAUCAACAUCCUUCGAAAGUUCUCUAUCAAAUCACUUCAGACUCUGGAAGAGGCCAAACCCGCCGGAAUGUUAAUCUUGCGACCAUCAGAGGGCAAUAUACUUGUUAAUCUCAGUUUGAGAAAGUAGUUCAAGCGAAAACCAAUUAUGACAAAAUAUUUCUAAAAAUCGAAAAAAGAAAAACUUUUUGUUACUUGCCGCGAGAAAAUUUAUUUCAAAUUUAAUUACCAUAAUAUUAACUAAAAUGAAGCGGUGUGAUAUACUCCACUGUAUUCACGUAAAUAUUUCGAAUAGCCAGGACAUUUUACUUUGUCAUCAUUUAAGGCAAUUAUUUUUAUACUUUAAAUUGACUUUAACAAAUUCAUGCUUGCCCCCCCCCCCCUCCAUGAAUGGAUCGAGUCUAACCAAGGCUGCACCUGGGUAUAGUGAUAGGAGGAAGGACGAACUAGUGGUGAUGAUUUAUUUUUUGUCUCAGUUGGAUAACAGAGGUAAUCAUAGAGAUGUAAAUACUUUUUUUCUUGGAAUGUCAUAGGGGUGGUCGCCUCCCCCCCCAUCAGUAUCACACCCUGGGUCAAGCAAUCAUACACUAGACCAUGGAUUCUCGAUCCAUGCCUAUGUACAGACCUUUUCUAUCAUUGAUGCAUGUAGAAGAUUUGAUUUGUCUCUGAAAAUUACAGGUAUUGUGACAGUAAUGAAACUAGCUAAGUUACAUAUAUAUUGAAGUUUGCUAAAUUCCUCUACCAAAUGUUGGUGAAGAAGGUAGAAUUGAAAUUUUCAGUGCUUUUGUUUACCCUCAGAAAUGUUUCAAGUCUCUCACGUGAACACAAAAAAGUGAUAUGCAAACAGCACAUCAUUUGUAAUAAUUAUAUAAAUAAGGGGACCAAUAACGUUACCAAUAUUUCUUUCUAUUUUUAUAAAUAUGAAAUAUGUAUUGUAUUUCUGCAGUUUGAUUCCCAUAUAACACAAUAUCAUUUGUGUAUGAUUUCAUUCACCAUUAUCAUCAAUUAUUUUGAUGGUAGAGUUCCUCUUCCAUGUCUUCAUGACCGAAUUCUAUAAAAAAUAGAAUUCUCUCUAUAUCGUGUUGGCCUAAUAAAACAAAAUUAGUGAGUGUGUUAAAUCAGAUUCCUCAUAUCGAACCUGAUGUGCGCAUAAAUGAAACGAUUUCCUUAUCUAUUAUCCAAUUUGUAUCAAAAAACUUAGCGCCAUGUGUAUAUUUGUCCAAAUCAAUGCAUUGCUGGGGUAGACACGCUCUGUUUCGAACCCAAUAAUUGCUAGUCUGUAUAUACGCUUUAAAUUUAUGUAAGGGCUAAUCUGACAAAUUUGAGACAAACCAAUAAUUAUGAUUAUGCUCAACUUUACGGCACUGAUAAUAUCAAUUAACAUUAUUUCUAUAGCGCUUAUCACAAAACAUGUCUCUAAACGCCUCGAGGAUGAAUUAGAGAGAAGGAAUUU